AUGUCAAGAUUUAAACCUAAAGUGUACGAGGCUUUUAUAUAAAGAUAAAAAGAACAAUAAUAUAUUGUAAUAAACCCAAAUGAAUUAUCAAUUGGUUUAGAAUCUGACAUAGAAGUGAUUUCCAAAAAAGUAUGCUAUGAAAGUUAGGAAAGUUGUUAAAAUUCUGAAUUCCUAUAAUCAUUCCAAAAUCAAAUUGAACCCGAUUAUAAUUCUAUUGCAAACAAUUGUUCAGGUAAUUUAGAAAUUUAGCCUAUUAUUAUUUCUAAUUAAUUUGUCACCAAUAAAAACAACAAAAAUACAACCUAAUCGAUUGAUAUUAAUCAAGAACAUGAAAUGAAUAUCCAUUAGUUAGAAAUAAAAAAUCUUGGAAAUAUUUGUUUAGCCGAUUACAAAGAAAAGCCAAUCAAUUCGAUUCCUCAAUAAAAUGAUGUAUUAAAAGAAAAUAUCUUAUUUAAACUACUACAAAAAAGAGCAAAGCCCAAAUCAUAAAAUGAUUUUAAUAAAAGUACUUCUAACAGUUCACAGAUUUCAUAAACACAAACCAGAUCAAAAAGUAGAAAAAUAAAACAGGGCUCACAAAUUUAUAAUGAUAACAAAGAAAAAAACAGAUCUACUUCAUAGCAAGAAGAAUUACCCACAGAAAUCAAAUCAAUGGGUAUUAAUAUUUUUGAAAAUAAUAAAAAAAAUCCCCCUAAAUUUUAAUAAAGUUAAGAUAAAAUUAACUCCAAAGUUAAUUAAUAAAUUGAAAUAUUAUCUAAAAAUGAAUUAAAUAACAUUUAAGGUGCUAGCAAAGGUAAGAUUCAAAAAACCUCUAAAGGUGAUGUUUUUCCAAAUACUAGGUUGAAGAAUUAAUAAAUUGAAUCCAAAGAAAAACAUAUUUAACAAGGAAUAAUCAAGACUAGAUUGUAGGCUUCUUUAGAUAACGUAUAAAAACAGAUGGACACAAAGAAUAUAUAAAUAAGAGAGAAAUAGAAAAUAAAAAAGAGAUGA